GUAAAUGCACCUCCGGCAUCAUGUUGAAAGCAACGGCACACCUGUGGUGAGGCUUGUACUCUGGCACAGGGCAGCCUGGCCCCACAUCCUUUAUUCACUACCCAUCAUAACACAGGAGACACAGGAGGUACAGACAGACUGAGAGUACAGCUCUCCCCAUCGACUCGCUGGACUGUGAAGGUAUUCGUACAGGUGAGCUUCUCCAUUGCUCUGUAACUGGUUGUAUGGCAAAUUACCUUUCUCUUGCAGCAUCAGCUGACUCCUCACUUUCUCCUGGCCUCUGUCUCUUCUUUCUCAGUCCCUCUCACCCUUUCUCUUUCUCUCAAUGCAUCUUUCUACACUGGCAUUCACCGAUGCCUGCUUUAAGUUCUCUGUGAUGUUUGCCAUGACCCCUAGCCUGUCUCCCUGCCCUCAGCAGCAUGGUGGUGCCAUUGAGACUGCUGGUUCUAUGCUGGGUGUUUGGAGCAGGUUGUAGUCAGAGCUCUCCACCAUGGUUCCAGAACAUCACUACCAACCUGUUCAACUCCUCAGGAGACAUCCUCCUCGGGGGGCUCUUCCCCAUUAACGAGCUCACCAGCAACCUGAGCUACAGAGUAAAGCCGGACAACAUUAGCUGUGACAGGUACAGUAACUCAAGACCCACUUAUUAAUGUACUUUUUGCUGAAUAUGAAUUUUGCCCUAUGUCAAGUGUCUUUAUACUGUAAUCAUAUUAGCAGAUUCUGCAUAUCUCAUUCUAAUUAGUGCUUGCUUCUCAUUCGUUAGAAUUAUUAGAAUUAUUGAAUUAUAGUACAGCAGUAACAGCGCCUCCCUGUAUGUGCUUGGCCUGGCAGAAUUAAUGAGCAUGGGCUAGGUAUGGCCCUUGUGAUGAAGUACACAGUGGAUGAGAUCAACGCCAACUCCACCCUACUCCCUGGCAUCAGGCUGGGCUAUGAGAUCUUCGACACCUGCAAGCAGUCUGCCGUCAUCGUGAAGCCCACUGUCCUCUUCCUCACUGAGGACUCCAGCCGAGAGCUGGCCAUCAAGUGUAACUACACAGACUACGUAUCCCGUGUGGUGGCUGUCAUCGGCCCAUCCACCUCAGAGAUGGUCUCAGUUAUAGGACAACUACUGGGAUUCUUCCUCAUGCCACAGGUUAGUUUGGUCACAUGAUGGAAUGCUAUCUUUCAAUGCAAACAAUGUCGUCCUCAUAUAUAUAAUGUGAAGCAAAAUGAAGAUUUCAGAUUUGUCCAUUGUUUGACAAUCCCUCGAAUGUGAUUUUCAUUGAACUGUGUGCUGUGGUGAAACACAUGAAAAUGCGAGAUACAACUGCAGUGCAGACAUAAUUGUGUUUUUUGUAUCUAUUGUUGCUACUUACAGUGCCUUGCAAAGUAUUCAUACCCCUUGGAGUUUUUCCUAUUUUGUUGCAUUACAACCUGUAAAUUAAAUAGAUUUUUAUUUGGAUUUCAUGUAAUGGACAUACACAAAAUAGUCCAAAUUGGUGAAGUGAAAUGAAAAAAUAACUUGUUUCAAAAAAUUCUAAAAAAUAAAUAACGGAAAAGUGGUGUGUGCAUAUGUAUUCACCCCCUUUGCUAUGAAGACCCUAAAUAAGAUCUGGUGCAACCAAUUACCUUCAGAAGUCACAUAACUAGUUAAAUAAAGUCCACCUGUGUGCAAUCUAAGUGUCACAUGAUCUGUCACAUGAUCUCAGUAUAUAUACACCUGUUCUGAAAGGCCCCAGAGUCUGCAACACAACUAAGCAAGGGGCACCACCAAGCAAGCGGCACCAUGAAGGCCAAGGAGCUCUCCAAACAGGUCAGGGACAAAGUUGUGGCGAAGUACAGAUCAGGGUUGGGUUAUAAAAAAAUAUCUGAAACUUUGAACAUCCCACGGAGCACCAUUAAAUCCAUUAUUAAAAAAUUGAAAGAAUAUGGCACCACAACAAACCUGCCAAGGGAGGGCGCAAACCCAAUACCGCUCAUCACCGGGAUGUUUUUCAUAGGCAGGGACUGGGAAACUGGUCAGAAUUGAAGGAAUGAUGCAUGGCGCUAAAUACAGGGAAAUUCUUGAAGGAAACCUGUUUCAGUCUUCCAGAGAUUUGAGACUGGGACGGAGGUUCACCUUCCAGCAGGACAAUGACCCUAAGCAUACUGCUAAAGCAACACUCGAGUGGUUUAAGGGGGAAAAUGUAAAUGUCUAGGAAUGGCCUAGUCAAAGCCCAGACCUCAAUCCAAUUGAGAAUCUGUGUUAUGACUUAAAGAUUGCUGUACACCAGCGGAACCCGUCCAACUUGAAGGAGCUGGAGCAGUUUUGCCUUGAAGAAUGGGCAAAAAUGUGCCAAGCUUAUAGAGACAUCAAAGUAUUGACUUUGGGGGGGUGAAUAGUUUCACAAUAACAAAUAUUUUGCAUCUUCAAAGUGGUAGGCAUGUUGUAAAUCAAAUGAUACAAACCCCCCCAAAUUUAAUUCCAGGUUGUAAGGCAACAAAAUAGGAAAAAUGCCAAGGGGGGUGAAUACUUUCACAAGCCUCUGUAUGUCUCAUUACCAUCUGCCCUCUGUCCUCUGUAGAUCAGCUACCUCGCAACUAGUGACAAGUUCAGUGACAAGAGUAUGUACCCAUCGUUCCUGCGCACCGUGCCCAGUGACAAGAGGCAGGUGGAGGCCAUGGUGCAUCUGCUGAACAGGUUUCAGUGGAACUGGGUGGCCGUGGUGGGCAGUGAGGAUGAGUAUGGACGCCAGGGCCAGCGCCAGUUCUCCACCCUGGCAGCAAAGAGCUCCAUUUGUGUUGGGUACGAGGGGUUAAUCCCUACCUACAGCGACCCACAGCCAGUGGUCAGAGAGAUCCUGGACCACAUCGCAGAGACCAAGGUGGGAGUGGUGGUGGUCUUUUCCCUCUCCCAGCCUGCCAGAGCCUUCUUCACUGAGGUCAGUGAGAUAGCAAGUCACAUAAGAGUUCUAGAGACUUCUUUUUAAUCUCACAAGCUUUUCAAAAAACUUUAUGCAGCCAUUGGUUUAACUGUUUUUAAAGUACAGUAAUGCAACUCAUUUACAGUAUCUAAAUUCAGAUUAGAACAUUUGUCUGUAAAUAGCAACGUGCAUGCCCCGCCCACCUGAGGAUCUGUCUUUUUCAGCUAUCUGUUUCCUGUGUUUGAGGGGUGCAAAAUCCACUUGUCACUUAAAUCUCGCUGGAUUGAUUGCUUUAAUUUUACUCCUGUGACUCUUUCAUACUCUUGCUUGUGCCUGUCGUUUUCCCCCGUUAAUGUUACCACCACGGAAAUGUUUGUAAUGACCUGUCAAACACAGCCCGGUAAUGGCUGAAAUGGGCCCAAUGGAAUACAUUGGCUUUCCGUUGCAUUUAUAAGAACCCUAAAGUUUCAUCUGGGAUUUAACGCACCGUCGUGACACAUACAUCACAAGAAAGAGAAGAAAGAUAACUUUAUUUUGAUGUGUGUUCAUUUUUGUGGAAUUGAAAAAAGUAAUAAUUGAAUAGUGUUUACAAAUGAGAUGCGCUGAAAUUAAAACAACUUCCGAAAAUGAACACUCUGAUUAUAGUGAUAUUAUGUCUGAUCUCGCAAACAAUGUAAAGUUUGUAUAGACAGGUGUAAUCUAGAGCCAAGCAUGUUGAUUUUGAAUCCGGGGGUAUCCUGCUAUUGACACACUUGUUGAAUUAUGCAAGAGAACGUUGAAAUCAACAGUAAUUAAUGGGGCAGUCUAGACAACGUAGAUGAGUGCAGGUAGGGUAGACAGAGCAAUUGUUUGGUGAUUGCAGCCCUGUUACACCCCUUUAUGUUAAUGUUUUCAUAUAUGCAAAUAUACCCAGUGUAUUUAUGGAACUGAGGCACAUGUCAUUUUCUUUAUUUUAACACAUAAUAUUUAAAAAAUACCUGAUGCAAUAAGAAAAUGUAUAUAUGAGUGCAUUCUAAGCUAAAAAGUUACAUUUGACAAUAAAUGUAAUACUUGAAUUCCCACCAAAAUCCCUGAACUUCAUUCAUUAUUUGUCUGUGUCAGUAAAAUGUUUUAUGUGCUAUAUAUAAUUCAGUCAAUAUUUACAUUUUAGUCAUUUAGCAGACGCUCUUAUCCAGAGCGACUUACAGUUAGUGAGUGCAUACAUUAUAUAUUUUUUAUAUAUAUAUAUAUAUAUUUUUUUUACUGGCCCCCGUGGGAAUUGAACCCACAACCCUGGCGUUGCAAACGCCAUGCUCAACCAACUGAGCUAGAUCCCUGCCGGCCAUUCCCUCCCCUACCCUAGACGACGCUGGGCCAAUUGUGCGCCGCCCCAUGGGUCUCCCGGUCGCGGCCGGCUACGACAGAGCCUGGAUUCGAACCAGGAUCUCUAGUGGCACAGCUAGCACUGCAAUACAGUGCCUUAGACCACUGCGCCACUCGGGAGAUAAAUAUAUAUAUCUGAUAGAUUAUUUAAAAAACGCAAGUUUGGAGUUACUUAAUCUAUUUUCCAACUAUUGUAUUUACUAGAAUUGUUUUCAAAACAUUUUAACAAUUUCAAUGACCAUUGCUACGAUACCAACAUGCUGUUUGUGAUCAGGUGAUCAGGAGGAAUCUGACAGGGGUGUGGGUGGCCAGCGAUGAUUGGGCCCUGCACAGAGACGUAUCAACUCUCCCAAACAUCCACACUGUGGGCACUAUCAUCGCCUUCGCAGUCCAGAGCCAGACCCUGACCCUGCUCACACCCUACACCAGGGAACUCUUCUCCAGGAUCAGAGAGGAGAUGGCCAGGCAGUCCAUACAAGGUCCAGAUACAGAGUCAACCUAUGGUAUGAACCAGUGCCCAGACUGCUGGAACCUGUCCCCAGACAACAUGAGUCUAGUGACAGAGCCCAUACUGCAGAGGACAGCUUUCAGUGUCUAUGCUGCCAUCUACAGUGUUGCACACGCACUGCAUAACAUGCUCCGGUGCAAUGCCAAUAGCUGCCUUAGGGGCGCUAAAAGCAAAGUCUAUCCCUGGCAGGUACAUCUCCCUCACACAGUUACUUUUAUUUCAGACAAUGAUUAUGUGAGACUGUGCAAGGAUACUUUUACAAAUGUAAUUAACAACACUCUCCCCCUGCAGCUGUUGGAGGUGCUGAAGAAGGUAAACAUCAGUCUAAAUGGAAGUCAUUUUGAGUUUGACAGUAAUGGAAACCCAAACAUUGGCUACAACGUACUACAGUGGGUCUGGGGAAACAACAGUCUGAGUUUCAAAGAUGUCGGCACUUUCUAUGAGAACCUGUCAAUUAACAACACCCUCAUCCAAUGGCAUACAGGCAGUACUAAGGUAUUCUCCGCCCCAUCUCCUCAUCAAACAUAAUGUUGGAUUUUAUCGGCUUUUCACAUUUUUACCUAAGCCUUUUUAAUGUGCCAGCUACGCUCCACAAAGUGGUAACUUUUCUAGGGUAUGUUCAGCUAGAGUAGAUUGCAUUUUCCUUUUACGCACCAAACUCCCUUUUCACCUCUAUUGGUUAAAGCUGCUAAAAUAUUUGACAUUCAAAAAUCUUAAUUUAAGUGUUUACCACAUGAGGUUGGUGGCACCUUAAUUGGGGAGGACGGGCUCGUGGUAAUGGCUGGAGCGGAAUAGAUGGAAUGGUAUCAAAUACAUAAAAAACAUGGUUUUCAUGUGUUUGAUGCCAUUCCAUUCGCUCCGUUCCGGACGUUAUUAUGAGCCGUCCUCCCCUCAGCAGCCUCCUGUGGUGUUGACCACCACAUCCUCUCUGACCCCACCUCUGCUGCAGGCCCCUGAGUCUACCUGUUCCUCUGAAUGUGGCCCUGGCCAGGUGCACAGAGUGAAAGGCUUCCAUUCCUGCUGCUAUGACUGUAUUGAAUGUUUACCGGGCACCUUCCAGAAUGGCACAAGUGGGUGAUUCACACUCACAGACAUGACUUCUAUCAAUCUAUGCAUUAAAAAGGCCAUCACUCUUGUGAUUUGGUUUUGUAGCUUUCUUUGAUAUUUUCCUUGAGCAAUAUGCUGAAACUAACAGAUGUUUCAGCUUUACACCUUUGUCACACACUGCCAACAUUGUGUUUAAAAAAUGCCCAAUACAUUUACAAAAUUGAAAGAUGUGAGUGGUGGUCUUAUAAGACUUUCUACUCUUAUCUGGUCCUAUCAUUCUAACCACAUCUCUGCUCCCUCUCUAUCUCCAAGUGGACAUCCAGUGUACCCAGUGUCUAGAGGGCCAGUGGUCCCUGGUACGUAGCACCAACUGCACCGAACCUACCUUUGACUUCCUUACCUGGAGCCAGCCUGAGUCCCUGGUGUUGCUGCUGGCCAUACUGGUGCUGCUGGCCUGUCAGGGAGCUGUGGGGUUCCUGCUCCUGCAGCACCGGGGGUCUCCACUGGUGAGGGCCUCUGGGGGGCCCCUGGGUGGUGUGGCCCUGCUCAGCCUGAUGGGGGGCUGUGCCUGCCUGCUGCUGUUCCUGGGCCAGCCGGGGGAGGUGGUGUGUCGUCUGCAGCUUCCCCUCAACUCCAUUUUCCACACGGUCACCCUGUCCACCAUCCUAGCCAACUCACUGCAGGUAAGGCCUAGACCUGUAGAACACAAAACAGACAUGAAUCAUGCAGAUAUUAUACAGCUAAAUAGGUUUUCUUUGAUUUAAAAAAUCCAACAGUUCAGGAGAUAUUUGGAUGAAUAUGAGUGAGGAAGACCCAGAGUAUCGUGAAUCAUGGAAUAGCUAAUUCUCUGUCCUCCUCCCUCAGAUUGUGUAUGUGACAGAGUUCCCUGGGAAAGUUCAUUUUCAUCUGGAUACACUAAGAGGCCCUGGAGGCUGGCUGCUGGUAUUGGCCUGCUGUGGUGUGCAGGCAGGGAUCUGUGGCUACUAUGUCCAGGAAGGGCCCUCUCUAUCCCAGUACCUGGCCAAGAUGAAGGUGACCUUUGUGAGGAAGUUCCUGCGAUGCCCUGUGGAGCCCAUUUUAGGUCUGGGCCUGAUGCAGGGCUUCAAUGGCCUCCUGGCCCUCAUAUCCUUCAUGUGCACCUUCAUGGCUGUGAAGACCGUUCGACAGUACAACCUGGCCAGAGAUAUCACCUUCUCCACCCUGACCUACUGUGUGGUUUGGGUGGUCUUUAUCCCCAUCUACACCAGUCUGAAUGACAAGGAUCGCUCCAUCAUUCAUGUAUCUGUCAGUUUGCUCAGUAACAUGGGGCUGAUGGUGGCCUACUAUCUGCCAAAAUGUCACCUGCUGCUGAAGAAACCUGAGCUCAACACAGCAGAGCACUUCCGUACCUUCCUCGAGGGGGCUGAAGCAACUCCUCAGGAGGAACAUGACCAGGGACCUGGAGGGGCGGGACAGGGAUCUGCAGGGGGGGAACAGGGAUCUGCAGGGGGGGGACAGGGAUCUGCAGGGGAGGGACAGGGAUCUGCAGGGAAGGGACAGGGACAGGACCUGGGACGGUGA